AUGGUUGCUCCGACGUGCAGAGAAUUACAGGAUACUAACAAUAGACAACAGGGAGAAAUCGAUUCCUUACAUCAAAAGGUUAAUCAGCUAGCCUUACAGCUCAAUACAACAUCGACUAAGGAGGAUGUACAAACAGUGAAGAUGGAGGUUGAAAAGAGUAUACAGUCUCUUCGAUCUGAAUUCGAGAAGACUUUGAGAUCUCAUCUGACAGAAUUUUUUUCUCACAAUCCAGAUCCGGGGGAAGCAGAAGGUUCUACAGGUGGUUAUGCUCAUACUGAAGGUAACGAUUUGUUUGCUCACACCAACAUUCGUAACCCUCACUCAAUUAAUCGUAUUCCUAAGCUCGAUUUCCCUAGAUUCGACGGAGAGAACCCAAAAAGUUGGAUACAGAAAUGUGAGUAUUAUUUUCAGAUGCAAGGCGUUCCAGACGUCAAUCAAACACGAAUGGCUGCUAUUCAUCUGGAUGGAAAAGCAACUAAGUGGUAUGCCAAUCUCUGUAUUACCCAACCCCAUAUUUCUUGGACUUGCUUUUGUGAAAAUAUUUGUGCUCGUUUUGAGAACCCAGCUCAUGAUAAUAUUGUGGGUUUAUUCAAUAAGUUGGUUCAGUUGACUACAGUUGAUGCUUAUUUUGAAGAAUUUGAAUAUUUGAAGGCAUUGUUAUUGAGUGUUCACCCACACUUCCCUGAAACUUACUUUAUAGCUAGUUUCAUUGGUAGCCUGAAGGAAGAACUAAGGGGUUCAUUACUAAUGUUUAACCCACAGACAUUGUUAAAUUCCUUUUCCCUUGCUAGAAUGCAAGAACAAACACUGAGCUUACAGCAUAGGGUGACCAAGUACCCACAAAAACAAAUUCAUACACCCAUUAAUUCUAGCAGGCCCUUCACUCCAGCCUCCUUCACCUCAACGCCACCUCCUCACCCAGCUCCUACUCCACCAGUUCCAAAGUCUAAUACCAUCAUUCCACUUAAAAAACUUACACCUGAACAAGUGCAAGCCAGGAAGGACCAAGGCUUAUGUUUCAAUUGUGAUGAUUAUUAUAGACGAGGUCAUAUUUUCAAGAAACAAUAUCUUUGUGUUCUGAUUGGUGAAGAACCUUCAGGCAGUUCAGAGCAAGAGGAUGGGUUAAUUAUGGACACAGAGGAAGCACCUGUUGUAGAAAGUGAUAUGGAGAUCUCCUUGCAUGCCCUGACAGGGACUGUAUCGGCUGAUACCAUUAGAAUUCCUGGUAUACUGCACAAGAAGCCCAUCUCUAUCCUCAUUGAUACAGGUAGCACUAACAGUUUUAUUUACAGUGCUCUGGCAAAGGAACUCCAAUGUCCAGUGACCCACACUGCUAGCUUACUAGUGACUGUGGCCAAUGGAGAGAAAACAAUAAUCUCAGGUAUAUGUUCUCAACUUAAUUGGUCAAUGCAGGGACAUAAAUUUUGUGGGGACUUACGACUAAUUCCAUUGGGGGGUUGUGACAUUGUUUUGGGGGCUGACUGGCUAAGAAAUUUGGGUGAUGUCUUAUUCAAUCUUUCCAAGCUCUGUAUUACAUUCACAUAUAAGGGUAGGAAGAUCACUCUUACUGGAGCUCCACAAAAAUCUUCUCUGAGCAUGAUGAGUGGUUCAGCAGUUAGGAAAUUCCUUCAAAAACACUCACAUGGGUUGGUAGGACAAUUAUUCUCCAUCUCUUCCCAACCUCCUCCUUCACCACCACCCCAAAUUUCUUCCUUGUUAACUCAAUACAAGGAUGUCUUUGAUGUGCCAACAAAACUUCCUCCUACAAGGGCCCUAGACCAUAAAAUACCAUUGAAACCAAACUCAGAACCAGUUAACCUCAGGCCUUACAGAUACCCCUAUUUGCAGAAGGCAGUGGUAGAAAGCUUAGUCAAGGAAAUGUUGCAUACUGGUAUAAUUCAACCAAGUAACAGCCCUUUUGCAUCUCCUAUUCUCCUUGUCAAGAAGAAAGACAACUCUUGGAGGUUCUGUGUAGACUAUAGGAAACUCAACAGUCUCACCAUCAAGGAUAAAUUUCCCAUUCCAGUCAUUGAUGAGCUCCUAGAUGAACUGCAUGGUUCCAAAUUUUUUACCAAGCUUGAUCUUAAGUCAGGUUAUCAUCAAAUUAGAGUCUCCCCUUCUGAUAUACACAAGACUGCCUUCAGGACUCACCAUGGGCAUUUUGAAUUCAAGGUUAUGCCAUUUGGCUUCACUAAUGCUCCUGCUACAUUUCAAGCUCUUAUGAAUCACAUUUUUCAAGAUCACCUCAGAUCAUUUAUACUGGUGUUUUUUGAUGAUAUAUUGGUUUACAGUCCAACCAUGGAUUCUCACUUAAUUCACCUCCAAACCACAUUGGACAUUCUCAGGGCAAACCAGUUAACUGCCAACUUUUCUAAAUGCUCAUUUGGGCAGCCUGAGAUUGAAUACUUAGGCCACAUCAUUACAGGCAAUGGAGUUGUGGCUGACCCAGCCAAAAUCUCAGCCAUGGUGGAUUAG